AUGCCAGAGAAUUCGAUUUUCCCUGAACACUCCAUUCAAUACCGGAGCCACACGGAGGAGGAUGGUGGUGAGCCUGUCUCUGAUGGAUGCCAAGACGAGCAGGUAACAGUCUCGGCCGGAGAUGUUGACCGGAACAUCACCGGUGGUCGGUGGCCUCCAGAGGAGACUAAGGCUUUGCUCAAGAUAAGGUCUGAUAUGGACGCUGCUUUCAGGGAUACGUUCCCCAAAGUUCAUCUCUGGGAACAAGUUUCCAGCACUAGAAGCAUGGUCUUUUUUCUCUGUAGACCCCCAUCGAAUUCCAGUUUUCCCACUGACUGUUACUCUUUGAAACUGGAGACUAGGGAGCUAGGAUAUAAUAGAAGUGCUAAGAAAUGCCAGGAGAAGUUUGAAAACGUGUACAAAUACUACAGAAGGACCAAGGAAGGUCGUUAUGGCCGACCCAGUGGCAAGACUUACCGAUUCUUUGACCUGUUAGAACCCCUUAUGAACUCUCCAUACCCUGAAAAGUAUGAAGAACAAGUGAGAAACACAGAAAUAACCACAACCCCAAUGGAUUUGUCUGAUGUUAUUAUUCAAGGUGCAAUUCCACAUCCUUACCCUGAAAAGAAUGAGGAUCAAACGGAAAACAUAGCAACAACUACAACCCCUAUAGAUUUGUCGAAUGUUAUUCAAGAUUUGAUUCCACAUUUCAUUCGAUUCUCUGGUGUCCCCUCUGGUUCAACCACUCCCUCUUCGAGCGAAGAAUCAGAGGAAAAUAUUCGGAAGAAGAGGAAACUGACCCAAUAUUUUGAAAGGUUGAUGAACAAAGUACUAGAGAAGCAAACGAAGCUUCAGAAAAACUUUAUGGAGAUUUUGCUCAAAUGUGAACAAGAUAGAAUGGCAAGAGAGGAAGCAUGGAAGACGCAAGAAUUAGCUAGGAUUAAGAGGGAGCGAGAGCUUUUGGCUGAAGAAAGAUCAAUUGCUGCGGCAAAAGAUGCUGCAGUGCUUGCCCUUCUGAGGAAGUUCGCAGGACAUACAGGAUCCACAGAAUUACCCGAGAACCUACUUCCUGUUGAUAUAGAUAAGGACGAGCAAGAAAAUGAUAAUGCUGGUAGUAGUGCUGUUGAAAAGCAAGACUGUAGAAAUGGUGGGAAUUUCACACUGACGAGUCCAUCUUCCUCACGAUGGCCCAAAGAUGAAGUGGAAGCAUUGAUUAGAUUGAGGACAAACUUUGAUGUGGAGAAUGAAGGAAAUGGGCUUAAAGGAUCUAUUCCUAUAUGGGAGGAGAUAUCUUGUUCAAUGAAAAAACUUGGGUACGAUCGGAGUGCCAGGAGAUGCAAAGAGAAAUGGGAGAAUAUGAACAAAUACUUCAAGAGGAUGAAGAAGAAAAACCAGAAAAAGCCUCAGAGUUCUAAAACAUGUCCUUAUUUUCAACAGCUUGAUGCUCUGUAUAAUAGUGAAAAGCCUAAUGAGACGGUGGAGGAUUCAGCCAGUUCUGAUAAGGAUCAACUGAAACCCGAGGAGCUACCAAUACAUCUUAUGGAGGGUCAGUCUCCGUCCUCAUCUGACAGAGAAGAAGGAUCAGAAUGAUGGACGAAGUGGGGGUGCCCAAUACUCAUGAAGCAUGGUUUGAAGAGAGAUAAGAGACCCUGUUUUAGUGAAACUUGCUCUAAAUCUGAUACCACCCAUCUCAUGGCAGUGUUUUUGUUUGAAUCUCUGUGGUGGGCCACCAGCCUUCGUUGAUCGCUGCGCUAAUCAGUCCAUGCUUAAAGUUAAAAUCAAGGCAGCUGAUGAAGGCGCAACAAGCUUCAUUCCCUUUUUUUCUUUUUCCCCCCUUUUCUUUUCCUUUCAGAAAGAUCGGAGAUUUUGGGUGUAAUCUUUGUUUAGUCACCUAAAAGUCUAUUUUCCACAUUGUGUGUGUACGUAAUAAUGUAAUUGUGUUGUCACUGUAA